UGUAUUCAUUUGGGCCUAACUCUAUAUAUACGGCCUGCCUCCUCCCUCUUCAUACACCAAGAACCCAACGAAAACACAAGCAACAUUCUUAGUUAGAGACUUGAGACCUUGAGGCAUCAGCAAUGGCAGGAGGAGACGAGCUGAAGCUGCUCGGCAUGUGGGCGAGCCCGUUUGUGCUGCGGGUGCAGCUCGCGCUCAGCCUCAAGGGCCUGAGCUACGAGUACGUCGAGGAAGACCUCAAGAACAAGAGCGAGCUCCUCCUCAAGUCCAACCCUGUCCACAACAAGGUCCCGGUGCUGCUCCACAACGGGAAGCCUAUCUGCGAGUCAUCGAUCAUCGUGCAGUAUAUUGACGAGGCCUUCUCCGGCACCGGCCCGUCCCUAAUUCCCGCCGACCCUUAUGAGCGCGCUCUUGCUCGUUUCUGGGCCGCCUACGUCGACGACAAGAUGUUGGCCGCUUGGAACCAGUCGUCGAGGGGCAAGACGGAGGAGGAGAGGGCGGAGGGGAAGAAGCAGUCGGCCGUCGCAGUGGAGAACCUGGAGGGAGCACUGAGGGAGUGCGGCAAGGGGAAGCCCUUCUUCGGCGGCGACAGCGUCGGGUACGUGGACGUCAUGCUCGGCGGCCUCCUCGGGUGGGUGCGUGCAGCAGAGGAGUUGCAGGGCGUCAAGCACUUCGACCCCGCCAGGACCCCGCUCCUGGCGGCGUGGGCGGAGAGCUUCGGCGCGCUGGACGCGAUCCGGCCGGUCAUGCACGACGUGAACAGGCUGGUCGAGUUUGGCAAGAUGUUGCAGGCCCGUCAAGCGGCUGCGGCCGCCGGUGCAGGCAACUGAAGUGACCUCUUGAUGGCAGAUGUGCCAUGUGUUCUAGCUUUUGUUGGAAAGGAAAAUAAGCCGUGUUGGUAUUGGUGAGUUUGCAUGGAGCCGUUGUGCAAUGAGUGUUGCCGUGGAUAUGUCUCGUGUACCCUCAGAAUUCAGAUUUAAACUUUUGGUUCCACAAGUAUUUAUGCAACAAUUGUUUUGGGUAAUUGUUACAUUGCGUGAAUAUAAGUGGUUUCGUGUA